AUGGUGAUGAUGUCCGACAAAUUAUCCCGGGAAGUGGAACGCUUGGUAAAUGCGCCGUAUGCGCCCUCGCUCCAGGAUCUAUAUAUUCUGACACGGCAAUUACCAUUGACCGUGGUAUGCUCUUGGGUGUCGCAAAAGCCUUGCCAGGUUGUGCCUCUGGUCGAUGUCCUUGUUGAGGGCCUCACGCGGUCCCGCUUCGCUUUGCCCUUGCUCACUUAUUUUGCGCUGGCGCAAGAAUUUCGAGAUACUCUACUCCAACGAUAUCCGUACCAUCUCGAUCAGUUCCUUCAACAAUCCACUGAAGGUAGUGAGGCUGAGUGCCUGCCAGCAUGCGUUUCACUCCUCUCGUUUCCUUUGCCUUGCGGCAUAAUUCCGCCUGCAAGUCUUGCACCUUUGGUUAUGCAGAUGAUUGAGAGGAUGAGAGUAAAUCCAUGCGCGGAUACCGUUCGACCACUGUAUUUGGUUUCGAGCUGCCUUCAAGCAUCAGGUGUCCUAUUUGAGCUUCCUCUGGAUGUAAUGACAUGUUUCCAGACAGAGCUCACAAAGACACUCCGCAACCUGGAAGACCACAUGGGCAACCUCUUGUGCCUAGCUACUUUUGCAAGGUUAGGGUCCUGCAAGAGCUGGAACGCUGAAACAGAGAACGCUGCAGAUACCCCGACAUGGCUGCAGAAUAUCAGGCAUUUCUUUGGCCCUAAGCGAGGCCUGAAAACAUUGGACCUUGUUGUUCUACGGGUCAUACUUGCUUGCUCUUCUAACUAUGGUAACCUGACGGUGCAACAGUCCGCAGAAAGCAUUCGUUUUGCGAUCAGCAUAUGUGAUGGUGUUGAUAAAGCACAACGAGAGUGCUGGAUCGAAGGGAACUCCAUCAAGCUCGCUAAACUUCUCGAAAAAGUCACCCGCGAUGGUAUUGACCAUAGCGUUCAGAUCCUGGGUGUAUCCUUCCUCACCUCCCUUGUACCUGCUGCAUCACUGCCGCAUGAGCUGAAGAGAGUUUCAUUGGAAUCGAUCUUGUCAAACAACGCGCUGGCUAUUAUGGAGGCUCUCCCAACACACAUUAUAACACGCCUAGUGGGAGCGUGGACUACUUCCUCGGACGAAUAUGGGCUGGAAAUUGUGUUACAUUAUAUCACUUCUACGUUGUCAGCUAGGGCGACCGACAUUAUAGACUUGACGAAAUUGCGGAUAUCAAAACUCGCACUCGAUGGUUUGCGAUCUUCUGACGUGCAACUUGCAGAUACCGUGUCUGAAAAGUAUGGGCCUACUAUCUAUAACCUAAUGGAAAGUUUCCCAAGAACGCCUGCAGGAUUGGACUGCAAUGGGAAUAUUGUGUGCCCCGCAUCAGUCUCGAGCCUGGAAAAUGAUCUAUUGUCGGAUCUUAUUUUGUUUUGGUUUGAGGCAACGAUGCUACGCAACGCACAGGCGCAGUCGCUUUCACCUGGAUCCGCGGGGCUAAUAAGCUUCGUGACUAGGAGCAAGUUGUUGCUGCCAGAAACUAAAUGCACAUUGUCACAGGUUAAACCCCUAGAAUUCCGAACUACAAUGCCGUCUCUGAAAACUGAGGGAACCGCAACUGUUUCGAGGAAUGAUUGGAGAACUGGUAUGAGAGACAUGAUGGCGGCAAACACUCAAAUGGCAAACGACAGUAUCACAAGAAAAAUCGAAGAUAUCUGCUACGACCUCGAGCAACGCUGUGGAAAUAUUGAGGCUCCUCUCAGAGCCGCCGAGGGAGAGCGCGACAAGUAUUGCUUAGAAGCAGAGCAACUAAAGGAGCAGAAUCAUGAUCUCGAAUAUCGGCUGCAGCAGGCGUCAGGCACAAUCGCCGAACUUCGAGUGGAAAUGUCUCGCCUGGAAGAACACGCGAAUUCGGCCUCGCACCGUGGUGACGAGCUGUCUGCGUGUUUGGCCCAGGCCCAAAAUGACCUUGAAGAGUUACAACGUACCUCACAGGAUACUAUUUCCAGUGAGCGAGAGUUAUCCAGGACCAGAGAGCUUGGUAUCAUUGCGUCCUUAACCGAAAAAGACGAGCGUCUGGACGAACUCCAAGAAGAGACCAAGUGUCAAACUGAAAUAAAUGAAGAUCUAAGGACAAAAUUGGCGUCGGCUUCAAAGGACAAUGCCUCUUUUCUUGAGGAGAUUGCCGCAGUAAAAUCCGAGGCUUCAAUUUUACAAACAUAUUUGGAACAAAACAAGGCGUCUCUUGCGCAAAAGGACACGGCAAUUGAACGGCUGAUGAACGAAAAGGAGAGCGCAGAUAACUCGGCGAAAGAACUAGAAAAGAAGCUCCACGAACAGGCUUCCGAAACCGAGAACCUGAAAGCCACCCUCCACGACACUACUGAAAAGCUCAGAACAGAGCUGGAGGAGUUCCGAAGAAACUCCGAGAUCCAGAGCUCAAGAAUGGCCGAGGAGGUAAGUCUCUUCAAAUGA